AUGCAGGCGCCACGUCUGGUGGCCUCCUGGCAGAGACGAGGUGAUAAGAAGUGGUCCGCCCUGCUGAGGGCAGCCCACCACAAAGCUUCUGCCGCUCUGCCAACAGAAGCUAGUGGGCUGCAGGGCCUGCCCCUCGAGCUGCUCUUCGCGGUGCUGGAAUGGCUGGUGCUGCCCACGGCAGCUCCGGGGGCGUCGUCGGCGCCCGCGGCGGUGGCGGUGAACGCGGUGGCUAGCCUGCGCCUGGUGUGCUGUCGGCUGUUCGUGGCGGUGGAGGCCAGUGGCGCGUUUCACGAUGCGCUCAUGCGCGAGGUCGAGGCCAAGCUCGAGAUGGUGGUGACCGAGGCCGAGCUGGCCACGCUCGCCAAGGAGAAGAAGCGCGAGCUGCGGCGCCAGCAGCGCAAGGCCGAGAACGAGCGCAAGCGGCGGCUGAAGCAAGCCGCCAGCCAGGCGGCGGCCGAGGCCGAGGCUGCCGCCAACGCCAAGCCGGGCUACGAGGUGCCCGAGGAGAAGCGACGCCGAGCGAAUCGAAGGCGAGCGAAUCGUCGUACGACGAAGGGAACAGCACACGAGCGGCCGCGAGAGCAGGUGGUCGACGAAGCUGACGUGGCGCUACGUCAGUCGCGGCGCAAGGCGGCGCUGGAGGAGGCUCAAGAUGAAGAAAAGGAGGAAGGCAGCAGCCUCGGCUGGCAGCCAACGCCGGCGCGGCUGCAGUUCGUGUCCCGCGCGCUGCGCACGGCCUUAGGCAUGGGCGGCCGGCGGCCCCUGCGACAGCAGAGCUACUACAUCAACCGAUACGUCAGCUGCUCGGUCACCGCUCGCGUAGUUACACUCCCGUCAGCCCUCUUCCUCCUCACUGAGCGGCACUGGGACGAGGUGGUGAAGGCGGCCUUUUCCGCGGAGGCGAUCACGUGGAGCUCGCACCAGGACGAGCCCUGCGAGCACCUGCAGAUACGCGGGCGGCCCGCCGUGGUGAUGGAGGCUGACGAGUGGUCCGGCCAGCACUCGCUACGGCUGGGCGCCCUGACCCACCUUCCCACACUCCACGACCUCGACGCCGCCCUCGAGAACUUCCACAUCGCCAGAUUCCCGGCUCCUGGCUCAUCAACAAAGAGCGACCCGAUGGUGCGGCGGGCGUCGGUGGACGAACUGCUGGGCCUGUUUGGCCGUAGUCUACUCAUGGUCACCCCGUUCAUGGUCUGGCACGAUCUCGAGUUUGAGGUGAUUGCGCACCGCCAAGACCUAGAGGAAGUUGACAAUAUCUCGUCAGCCCUAACGAUCGUGUUGUGCAGACCGCGCCGCCAGAACCGGUCUCGCGCGCACAGCCACGACGACGCCCCAGCUUUAGCCCUCACCAGCGAACGGAUCGCAGCGGCCAACGAUUCUUCCUGCUGGGUCCGCGCGCGGCUUGCGUGGUGCAAGUCAAGUACCACCAUACCCUCCACCAGCAUUCAUGACCCGACUACCGGCUACCACAUCUUGGACCCCAACCACGCAUCAUGA